GUCAGCCACGUCAUUUUUGCUUGAAUGAGGUUGUUGAGUUUUAGUUUACGCGGCGUCUAAUUAUAAGAUAGUUUGAAAAACAAUAAAUCAUGAACAUAUUCCGUUUACUUGCAGACUUAUCCCACCUUUUAGCUAUUAUUAUCUUGUUGCUUAAAAUAUGGAAAACGCGAUCAUGUGCAGGUAUAUCGGGAAAAUCCCAAAUACUUUUCUCAAUCGUGUAUACUGCACGAUAUUUGGAUUUACUUACAACGUACGUGUCGGCAUAUAACACAGUAAUGAAGGUGGUGUUUAUCGUGGCUUCAUAUGCUACCGUGUACUUGAUGUAUGUUAAGUUUAAGGCCACCUAUGAUCAUAAUCACGACACGUUUAGGAUUGAAUUUUUACUAGUUCCAUGUGUGAUCCUUGCAUUGCUGAUAAACCGUGAAUUCACAUUCUUGGAAGUGUUAUGGACAUUUUCCAUCUACUUGGAAUCUGUAGCUAUCUUGCCGCAAUUGUUUUUGGUGUCCAAAACUGGAGAAGCAGAAAGUAUUACAUCACAUUAUUUGUUUGCUCUGGGUUCCUACCGAGGAUUGUAUCUACUAAAUUGGAUUUACCGUUAUAUCGUUGAGGACCAUUACGAGUUGAUUGCAAUCGUAGCUGGUGUUGUGCAAACUGUCUUAUACUGUGACUUCUUCUACCUUUACAUUACAAAAGUUUUGAAAGGAAAGAAACUACAAUUGCCUGCAUAAAUGUUG